AUGGCUCAGGUAGAUGGCUCAGGUGUGAUGUACUGGUGUGAUGUACAGGUAGAUGGUUCAGUAGUUAUACGGGGGAGGGGGGGCCCCAUCCCCAGUGGGAAGGUGAGGAAGGGCAAGUCGUCCAAGAAGAAGGCGGAGCCCCGCAAAGCCCUGAGUCUGGAGGAGUCUCAGCUCGAGAGCCUUCAGCCCAGCCACAGCCCCAGGCUACCCCCCAUCAGGUCUCAGACGUUUGACAGUGAUCGAUCAUUUGAGAGGACCGACAGUAUUGGCUCCAGAAGUAGUUUUAUUAAGCACAACAAGACAUUCCACAAGAUCUUCCCUGAUCUACCUGCCUCUGAAGACCUCCUCCACGCGUACAUCUGUGCGCUGCAGAAAGAGGUUCCAUAUCACGGCCGUCUUUACAUCUCUGAGAACCACAUCUGCUUCCAUUCCUCUGUGCUGCUCAAAGCCACCAAGGUGGUUAUUCCUGUAUCCGGUGUAACUGUGCUGAAGAAGCAGAACAUGGCUCUACUGGUGCCAAAUGCCUUGUCCAUACGCACUACUGAGGGGGAGAAGUUUUUAUUUGUGUCUUUGCGGAACCGAGAAGGAUGCUAUAAGCUCCUACGCUCCGUUUGCCUUCAGUUGGAGGAUGGCAGCACCAACAGCAGCCCCCUCUUCUCCUCAGCAGAGAACAGCUUUGACCAGGGCAAACUGGCGAACUCCAGCCAGUCCAGUCUGAGUCUGGAGGAGAGUUUUGACCAGCUGGACGCAGGAGACACCACACUGCUGCUAGACCCUCCCCCUACUCGCCUGAGCCGAGAUGCGCUGACGCAUACGAGUCGCCCAACCUUGAGGCGUUCACACAGUGAGCACGAUGACAGUAGCUCUAUAGAAGAAUACUCAGGUGGAGGUUCUUGGGUGUGGAAUGUGAUGGACAGAGCGCGCUCCCUCCUCGUGCAGCGGGAAUCCGGCAGCCUCAACACACUCCUCCUCAUCUACCUGAUUCUGGUGGUCCUGCUUCUCCUCUCUUCUGGCUACAUUGGUCUGCGCAUCGUGGCCCUCGAGGAGCAGCUCACCUCGCUAGGAGCCUUGCCUGAGUUCACACUGCAAAGCAGCAGGUAUAAGGACGCAUAGCGGCCGUCUGCCGGAGAGACGAGAUGGGCUGAUCGGUGACACUGAGGGCAUGACUGGGUGGCGGCUGGCCAGAGCUCUGUCCCAAAGAGAAGCACCAAGUCCGCUCGGACGCAACAGCCAGACGCCGGAAGCCCCUCUGCCCACCUUACCACCCCCCCUGGAGUCAGAUCCUCCCCCCACACACACACACACACACACACUCUGGACUCUGCACUCUGCAGGCUUGCCAGCCUCGCACACACACACACACACACACAUACAUACCGCUCCGCCUCGGCCCCUGCAGCCACAGGGUCGUGUCUCCACCCGUAGCAACCGUGGAGUCCGGCCCUGACCACCUCAUCUCCUGCUGCUGUGUGGAGAACAACCAAAGACCGCUGGCCUGCCCUGUCUCGGAGCGGGAAGAACGAACGCAAGUGCACUAAAACAAAACGAAAACGAGAACGAGACGAAGCUUCCCACCAUUUCAAAAGCAGUUCUCCCACUUCCUCUUCCUCGCUGCGCGUUUCCUGUUCAGCCCACCUGUGCAGGAUGUGAUGGGGGGGCCCCAUCAGGGUCCACUUCCUGUGGCCAGAUCAGAGCAGAGGGCCUCACUCAAGGUCUGCUGGGGUCACGUCAGAGCUGUCCUAGAGUGAAACGGUCUCAGCUUGGCUCGGCCCGCUACCAGGCCGGUUCUGUGCCAGACUGGACACCUCGGCGUGGGCCCCGGGCCUGUUCUGUUCUGUGUGGGGAGCUGUUGGGGGUGGGCACGGCUGACCACUGGGCGCCCGGCGGACUGGACUUAUCUGAUCUUUGUGCAGCUGUUCCCUCUGAACUCCUCUCUUGAUGAUCGCUCCUCUCUAUCUCUUUCUCUCUCUCCCUCUUUCUCUCUAUCCCUCCCUCUCUCUAUCCCUUUCUCUCUCUAUCUCUCCCUCUCUUUCACUCUCUCUCCCUCCCCCCACCCACUUUGCUUGCAGUAUUAUCUCCCUCUGGUAUCUGUGCUUCUCACAUGAUUGUGUGUGAAAGCCUUGAUGAUGAUGAUGUCGAUGACGACGAUGACGACGAUGAUGAUGAUGAUGUUGAUGAUGAUCAGUGCUUUGAGGCCAAUCCUUGAGUAUUAGUGGAUGUAACUGCAUACUCUAUGCACAAACAAGUAUGAUCAGGUCUUUGCUUUUCUACAUGGGCUUUUUACUCAGUGUCCUUUAAUCAACAGUAGUUGUUUUUCUACGCGGCGCGCGUGCGUGUCUCUCAGCGUACGUACGCUGAAUAAUGACAACACUAGCACCAUGCCGCCUGCAUGUUCAAGGACACGAGCCGUCAGGGCUGGACGCAGAUGUUUGGGCCGAACCUGCUGUGGACGCCACCGCCACCCUCACGAGCACGCAGCAGCAGAGCCGCCCUGGGCCGAGUCGGUACCAGAACUUGGCCGGUUCUGCUGCCCCAUCGGGUGGAGCUCUCACUGGGCGUAGCAGCCUCUGGAACAACCGGUAAGCUCCUCUAAAAAACCUCCAGGUUCGGCCCAGUGAGAACUUGAAUCAUAUUUUAUACAAAGAACAAGAAAAAGACUUUCCAAUAUAUGCAUGGUUUUGUUGUGUGUUGUUUCUUAUGUAUGUAUGUAUGUAUGUAUGUUUAAUACCGCAAGGAGAUUGUUUGCUUGUUUGUUUGUUUGUUUCCUGGUUUGCCUGUAAGUUGAGAGUAAGUUGAGAGUAAAUUAUGUCGUUCAGCUGAACGAGCGCACUUUAGGCCUUGUGGAGUUCUGAGACCCAAACAGGAAGUGGCUUUUUGAUUGGAGGUGACUUAUCAGAUGGUGCUAACGUCGCUAGCUCUCAGGGCGGGGGGGCUAGGCCACCUGUGACUGACCGACCGCCAGCCUGGCCAGCUGCACCUUACACAUUUCAUGUCUCGGGCUGGAUAGUUAUCGAUGAUUUAUCACGCACCUCCCCUCAACUCCUCGCCCCUGGACAGCCUUGUGGCCCCCAGAGGGAGUCAAAUGAUCUCCCUGUCUGCUUUCCAAAUUUUCUUUGGCGCUUGUUACGCAAAGAUCAACAGAAUUCUUUUUUUUUUCCCCUAAUGCAUGCAUGUGGACAAAUCUUUGUAUCUGUUUUAUUGUCCUUCAAAUUACCCGUUUGGAAUAUCUUAAAUAAUAUCAACUGAUGCUCAGAUGAAGCCAUUGAUCCCAAAUUGUAGCGUAUUCUCUGGUACAUGGACUUCAUCCAUCUUCCUCCAGGGGGCAGUGUAGGUCAUAUGUCUGAUAACCACAAUGCAAGAAUCUAUCAUGUGUUUUUUUUUUUUUUUUUGCACUAUCCAUGUUUGUAAAUAAUUUGUUUUGUAUCAAACUCUAAUGUCAAUGACCUUCCUGCGUAUUUAUUGCAUUAUGUGUAAUUCAAAGUAGUCUCUGUGAGACUUGCUUUGGUAUUGUCGAAAAAUAAAUCAGAUGUUGGGGAAAGAUAA